CGUAGGAGAGUAGGGGCCGGGGGUAAACCAAGAAUGUGCCUUAUCGCGGAGGUGCUGCCCUACCACGAUCGCGGCGGAGGUCAAAAAGACGCAGCAGGCCCUCGGACACUCGGCUUUCGUUUGCUUCUCCUUUCUGCGCUCGAUUGCGUGGCCUGGAGUGCAGAAGGUGGGGGGGCCUUAGGGGGAGUCGCGUCUUGGCCGCGGCUGGUGGGGCGAAGAAGCCUUUUCAGGCUCGUCGCCAGCGGAGGGCGCAGCCGCUGCUCCUCGUCGGCCGCCGUCCUCAGCCCGAGGCCGCUCCCCGAUCUCGGCGCUUGCAGCAAGAUGGUGGCCCUAGGCCCGCCGGCCCGCACGCUGCGGGCCCUCCUGCAGGAACUGCGGUACUUGAGCGCGGCCACAGGCCGGCCCUACAAGGACACGGCAGCCUAUCGGUAUCUCGUGGAGGCCUUCCGGGCACACCGGGUCACCAGUGAGAAGCUCUGCAGAGCUCAACAUGAGCUACACUUCCAAGCUGCUACCUACCUUUGCCUCCUUCAAAGUACUCGGAACCACGUGGCCCUUCACCAGGAAUACCAUGGCAAGGGAGACACUACCAGACAGCGAAUCAAAUUCAGUGAUGACAGAGUAUGCAAGAGUCACCUUCUCAACUGCUGCCCUCAUGACGUUCUCUCUGGAACUAGGAUGGAUCUUGGAGAAUGUCUGAAGGUCCAUGACCUGGCUUUAAGAGCGGAUUAUGAAAUCGCAUCCAAAGAACAAGACUUUUUCUUUGAGCUUGAUGCAAUGGAUCAUCUGCAGUCAUUCAUUGCAGACUGUGACCGGAGAACAGAAGUGGCCAAGAAAAGAUUAGCAGAAACUCAGGAAGAGAUUAGUGCCGAAGUGGCAGCUAAAGCAGAACGUGUCCAUGAAUUAAAUGAGGAAAUUGGUAAAUUACUAGCCAAAGUGGAACAACUGGGAGCUGAAGGAAAUGUGGAGGAGUCUCAGAAAGUAAUGGAUGAAGUGGAGAAAGCCCGAGCAAAGAAAAGAGAGGCAGAGGAAGUCUACCGGAAUUCCAUGCCAGCCUCCAGCUUCCAACAACAGAAACUUCGAGUCUGUGAAGUAUGCUCUGCUUAUUUGGGUCUUCAUGACAAUGACAGGCGACUAGCUGAUCAUUUUGGGGGGAAACUACACCUGGGAUUUAUUGAAAUAAGAGAGAAACUUGAAGAGUUAAAGAGAGUUGUAGCUGAGAAGCAAGAGAAAAGAAAUCAGGAACGCCUGAAGCGCAGAGAAGAAAGAGAGAGAGAAGAAAGGGAGAAGUUGAGAAGGUCCCGAUCGCAUAGCAAGAAUCCUAAAAGAUCCAGGUCCCGAGAGCAUCGUAGACAUCGAUCUCGUUCUACUUCACGAGAACGAAAGAGAAGAACUAGAUCCAAGUCCCGUGAGAAACGCCAUCGUCACAGGUCACGCUCCAGCAGCCGAAGCCGAAGCCGCAGCCACCAGAGAAGCCGGCAUAGCUCCAGAGACCGGAGCCGAGAGCGGUCCAAAAGAAGAUCCUCAAAAGAAAGGUCUUCUGGAGAUAAAGAGAGGUCAUUAAGAGACCAAGACCUAGCAUCACGUGACAAAGAUAGGAGUUCCAGAGAGCGGUCACCUCGAGACAGAGAGAGAAAAGAUAAGAAACGUUCCUAUGAGAGUGCUAAUGGCCGUUCAGAAGACAGGAGGAGCUCUGAAGAGCGUGAAGCGGGGGAGAUUUAACAGGCUGUACAUUUCUUCAAUCCUUAAGCUUCCUAUGGAGUUACAUACUAUUGUUUAGUUUACAGCUGUCCAAGGCAACUCAGUCGUUCCAGACACCAAUCCAAUUAGGCUAGAUGUACAGUAUCUAAAAGUUUGACUAUAACUCAAUCUGAACUGAACGUCUUUUCCUGGAUGAAGUUUUAAAUUGCAUCCAUAAUUUCUGGUGAAUCCUAAUACAAUUCUGAAAGGUUAUUCUGUUCACAAGUGCAGUUUUAUGUAGUAAAAUGCAGGUCUCAAUGUUUUAUUUUCAGUAGACGUUAGAGUGAACAAAUUGUGUUAACUUGCCUUGGGCUUUCUUGAACAUUUGUAAAAUUCUUCUUUUCUAGUCCAAAUAGCAGCAGCUUUGGGAGUCUUGUUUUGAUUUCUUCCUCUACCCUUCUGUCCUGCCCUCCCACCUGCCAUCCCAAAUUGCAAAGUAAGGCAGGAGUUGGAGGGGCCAUAUAAUUCGGGUUAGAAGCUUCUGUUCCACUGAUUGACUACUAGUUGGUUAUAUUUCAGAUCAUUUAUUGCUGGGGUGUGUGUUCUGGAGAAAAUGGAAAUGUUUGUUUCUUUUUCCCUUUUUUUAAACAGUGCCUAUUUAGAUUUGGAAGUUGGAACAGCUGUUGCAUUACACCUUUUGCAUUUUUAUUGAAAUUUUGAAAUCAAACCUUGUCUUGAUUUUUCUGUUACAUUGAAUUGCUAUGUUCAGGUUGUUGGGGGGAAUCUUUCUUAAGCACUUCUUGCCUUUUUUUUUUCUUGUGGAGUGUAAAGGCUACACCACUUAAUUGUUUUUAAAAAAAGAAAAUAAUAAUAAAAUGAAAAGAGCUCUCACCACCACCACCACCAU